AUAAAGGCCAGGCCUCAGGGAGCUCACCUACCCUGCUCUCUGCUUCCUUCUCUCCAAGGCCCUCUCUCAGUGCUUCCAGCUCCCAUGGCCCCCAAAAAGCCAGACCCCAAGAAGGACGACGCCAAGGCAGCCGCGAAGGCAGCUCCCGCUCCAGCGCCACCACCACCUGCGCCUGAGCCCGAGCGCCCCAAGGAAGCCGAGUUUGAUGCCUCCAAAAUCAAGCUUGACCGUAAAGUGCCUCGUGAUGACGACGUGCUUUGUAGAUGGCCAGCAGGCGUAGAGUGCUUUGGGACUCUGCACUCUGUGGCCCAGGGGAAGGGGUGUGCCCGCCCUGCCCCUCAGAGCCACCACACCCCCACAGAGCUCAACACCAAGAUGAUGGACUUCGACACCUUCCUGCCCAUGCUCCAGCACAUCUCCAAGAACAAGGACACGGGAACCUACGAGGACUUUGUGGAGGGGCUGCGGGUCUUCGACAAGGAGGGCAACGGCACGGUCAUGGGCGCCGAGCUCCGCCACGUGCUGGCCACGCUAGGUGAGAGGCUGACGGAAGAUGAGGUGGAGAAACUGAUGGCAGGGCAGGAAGACUCCAACGGCUGCAUCAACUAUGAAGCAUUUGUGAAGCACAUCAUGGCCAGCUGAGCCUCUCGUCCCAGGGAGCCGGGGAGCCCGUGCUGGGGACAGCUCAUCUCCCGCUCACAGGGCGCUGACACCAGCAAGCCGCCUGCAGUUGCCAGGAUGCGGGGAGCACAUCGAGACUCCUACUGCAGCCCCCCUGCCGGCCCUGCAGACCUCUGGGGGCCUGUCAUCCCCCCCUGGUAGAGGUGUAGCUCUGUCCUCAUCCCAUGGGCCUCAUGAAUAAAUGGCAUCUUUCCUUCCUU